AUGCCUCACAAGCACAAGCGAAGAAAGAAUGAUGACGCGAACAUCUACGACCUUCCACCCACCCUAAUCGCAAAACCUCUCCCCGUCCGCGAUCCCAACGCCACAUCCAAAUCCAAAGGCAAAGGCAAAGGCAAAGGCAAAAACAAACCCAAGCCGGAUGCAAAGAAAGACGCGAACCCCAAAUUUGCUGCCCGCGCCAAACCCGCCCUGCAGGAUGACACCCCGAAAGCCUUCCUCCGCCUGAUGCAGUUCCAAACCCGCGGCAAGCCGUCCUCCGCCCCGGACACCGGCGAGCCCAGCAAGAAGCGCAAACGCGACGCCACAGACGCAGGGAAGACCGGGGCUGCGCGGAAGAAGAACACCGGCACUGGGGCCAUGUCAGCGCCAGCUCCAACGCCAGCAGCCGCGCCGGCCCCGACACCGUCAGCAGAACAGGCGAAACCCACACCGAAGCCGAAGAUCCUGCCGGGGGAGAAACUCUCGGACUUCGCGGCGCGCGUGGACCGCGAGAUGCCGAUCUCGGGGAUGAAGCGGUCGGGCAAGCCUGGGGCGGCGGAUAUGCCGAAGCUGCGCGAGGAGCGGCGCACGAAGCACGAGAAGCACCUGCGGCGACUGCAGGAGGGCUGGCGCAAGGACGAGGUGAAGAUCCUGGAGCGGGAAGCGGCGGAGCGCGAGGAGCGCGAGGCCGAGAUGGAGGAUCAGUUGGAGUUGUGGAAGCAGUGGGAGACGGAGGCGGGGCGGGGCAAGGCGAAGAAGAAGGGAGCUGCGGCGCGGCGGCAGAAGAAGAAGGGCAAGAAUGACGAUGGCGUCGAUGUGGACGAUGAUCCGGAUCCGUGGGCGAAGCUGAAGAAGCGGGAUAGUGCCAACAAGGCGAAUCCCUUGGAGGUAGUCCAGGCGCCGCCGCAAUUGACCAAGCCAAAGGAGGUGUUCAAGGUCCGCGGUGGUGCCAAGGUCGAUGUCGCGAAUGUCCCUAAUGCGGUGGGCAGCUUGCGACGGAGAGAGGAGCUGGCCGGCGAGCGGAGGACGAUCGUGGAGGAAUAUCGACGGUUGAUGGCUGAGAAGCGGCGUUAA